GUGGUGGUAAUCGCAUUCAAGCUCUUGUUCUUACAAAUUUGAUUAACUUUGAGGUCCAAGUUGGAAGUUUCUGAUCAUAUAAGAUUAAGAGGAAACUUGGAAAUGGAGGAUUUGGACACAUGAAUGCACCAGUCCCUAAUGAAAGAACGGGUACUGGAGCAAUAGAGGUCACAAGUGUUGGAAUAAAUACUGAAUGGGGAUUACUUAUGACCAGUAUCUCCGAAGAUAAUGGCGAGGAAACACCAUUAGAGCUACGUUUGAAUGGAGUUGUAACAUUUAUUGGCAUGGUUGGGCUUGUGUUGGCUCUAGUUGUUCUUGUUGUCCUUCUUGCAAGGUAUUUUACUGGACAUAGUAAAAAUCCAGAUGAAAGCGUGCAGUUUAUUAAAAUUUUCACGGUUGCGGAAUCUCAAAAAGAGGAUCCAAUAUUAUACAAGGCAAUGUGUACAGCAACAUUGGAGGAGGAUGGUGGCAGUUUGCAAGCUAUUAACUUCGCUUGUCUCUUACGCACCACGUACAUAUUGGUUUUACACUAG